AGCAGUAACCUCAUUACGCUUUGCGAUACUGGCACUUUUUUGCCAUUAUCUCCUUUACAACAAUAUUUUGCGAGUUUUGUUGGUUGGCAUGUAAAAGUUAUAACUAUAUUGGUUUGUUGCAGUAACAGCAAAAUUCGAAACCUAAGACAAAUAAACCCACGCUUUGCCGUAAGUUUACGAACUCAUCACCAGACUCAAAACUUUUUAUGUUGCUCUUUCUGCUUAAUUGAGCAUGUCUAAGUUUUCAGUGUGAGUCAAAUUUCCCUUCUUGCUCAAGACUAAAUUAUUUCAGCAACGGUAAAUUAUGCGCGAUUGAGCCUUCUUAGUCGUCGAGUUAGUAUAGGAGACUAAAUAAACAAAAUUCCCAUCAGGGACUGUUUUUCAAUUCUCGAGACUUACUAAUCGCCGUCAUCACUAAAGUUAUACCGAUAAAGACAAAUUUUAAUGUUACUUAUAUGUUACCUAUCCAAUUUAAGUUAUAUGAAUUCGACUAAGGCUGCAGCAAGGAAUUUGAAUACUAGACCAAAGACUAGUAGACGAAUCUUAGUAGACGCAGUGUAUGUCAGACCUAAUGCUCAUUGGAGAUAAUUGGUGUACAAUUAUGCAUGCCUAUCUAACAACGUGUGUCAAUAUUGACGAGGAAUACAUCAUCGCGCAUCAGAUUUAUUUAGAAAAAUUCAGAUCGGGUAAGAAUUGACUAGAUGCCGGAGUAAUGGAACCAAACACAUCGAAAGAGCAUUAUAUGAUAAUUAAUGAUGACAUUUCGAGAAAACUGCUGGCCGAAAACACAAACCCACCCCGUAUCGGGAAAGAAAGGACUGGCGGCGACGUGUUGAGUGUGGUGGACGUUGUUUUGAGUGUGUUUGUUGUCACCCCUUUAGUCGUCAGCUGUUGGAGGGGAUUAUGGAUAUUGGUGGAUAUGCACAGCGAGUAUUUUCCCGCUGUACCCACGUUUCUAAUUGCAAUCGCGAUGCAUAUUUUGUUCGCCCUGUUUCAAAACAGCUUCCAUUAUCUCGUCGUCGAAUCGAAGAAGCACUGGUCAAUGAAAAUAGUAACUCAUCUUCUACGUAGAUUCUACACCUACGUCUUUCUAUGGGUAACCGUGUUACACUGGAGGGGAGGCUGGCUGCUUACGGAGUACUACACCAACCUUCGGUUCACCAAGGAACUCAAAGCAACGAAAGAGACCUCGUUAAUAUGCCUGCUGGUCGGGGCUGCUACUUUUCUAAUCCUCCUCUGCAUGAGAUGUCUGAGGAACGCCAUUGCUCCACCCUUCGCGCUAUGUCUGGACAAGCGCAAUUACGUGUUCCGUUUUCCCACCAUGUUCUCACCCAACAUAAAAUUCGGGUGGUUACGUGUUCUGGAUUGCGUCAUUUCCGUCGGCGUGGUGGGCAACCUAGUAGUGGUGCUGUGGAGGGCCAUUUGGGUUGCCGUAGACCUGGUGGUGAUACCCCAGAAUUUUACAUGUUCGGCUUGGGCGUGUUUGGUGUUGGGUCUGAUCGCCACCGGAUUGGUGUUCCGGCUGCAAAAUUGCAUGAAACGAGUUUGCACCGACUUAUCCGGCAUCAUCAAGGUGAUUUUGGCAGACGCUUACAUUCUGCUUUCGAUUAUCGCGGCUAUAUUGUUCUGGAGCGGGAUUUGGAACUUGCUGAAUAUUUACUUUCUUCCAGGUGAUCUUUUACUGAGUUGCACGUUGUCCCACCUCAUCAGCUUAGCAUUCCUGUAUCUGAUCGGGUGCUCCAAUUCGUUACUCGUCAGAGGAGUCAUGCAAGAUGGAAGUGGGGAGGAAGGCGAAUGCGUCGUGUUCCCAUGCAACUACUUGAGGACCAUUUUUGAACAGGAGCGUACAGCUUGUCUGGGUCAGCUUGGUUUAACGGAAGAAAAUUCCGCCUCCUGAGAACAUCGUAAAAAAUAUAUAAGUUCCAACUAAGACUGAUUAUUAGCCCGAGAUCUCAUGAGCAGUGGUAGAGAUGUAUUAAACGAAAAUCAAGAUGCGUGCUGUUUCAUUUCACUUCUGGUUCUGAGAAGAAAAGAAUGGUUGAUCUAAAAUUGCUCGCGUACACAUAGUUGCUGAACUCCCCACACUGAUCACCAACUAAAGUUACUUGAAUCACUAGCACGCUGACUUCCACUUAAAUCAUUUUCCUUCUAUUUACUAUCAUUAUCGUGUACACUGUUUGGUUCUGCAAUCUUUGACUUCAUCAGUUAAUAAACAAUCCUUAAGUUGGGGCUCUUGGCUAUAUUUAAUCAUGUACAGCGCUUAUAAAACCUUGUCAAUUUUCUACCGUGGAGGCCUUAUAA